AUGUCCGAAGAAACAAUUUCAAACCCAAUAAUUAAAACUGAACCAAAGGAAUAUUCUCCAGUUAAACAAGAACUUGAUGAUUAUGACAUUACUCCAGAAACAUAUUUAGAAAACGAGGUAAUAUAUCUACAGCAAUUUUCAGAAUUUGAGAUAAAAAUAAGCGAAAAAAUAAAACAAGAAACAGUUGAUGAUCAAGAUGAAAGAAGUUUCGGCGUGGAAUCUUACAUGGAAAACGAGGAGAUAUAUCAACAGCGAUUUUUAGAUUCUGAAGUCACUAUAGACGAAAAAAUCAAAAAAGAAAUUGAUGAUCAAGAUGAAGCUCGUUUCCAUGAGAAUUCUUACACGGAAAAUGAAGAAAUAUGUCUACAGCAAUUUUUAAAAUCUGAAGUAACAAUUGACGAAGAGGUUAAGCAUGAAUCGAUUGAUGAGCACCUUGCAGACACCAGUAAAAACAAAAAUAUUGAUCAUUUUGGUGAGUUAAGUGAUUUAGUGGAUAAUACAAGUGAAUGUAAUAAAUCAUUUAAAAAAGUUUUAGAAAAACGUAAAGCUACCCUAAACUUGAAACAACCCUUGACAUGUGAAAUUUGCAAUAAAAAUUUCUCAAGAAUUAGCACCUUACAUCGACAUAAAAUGAUUCAUACAGGAGAACGUCCUUACAAAUGUGAAACCUGUAAUAAAGCAUUUAUAACAAAUAGUUGUUUAGGUCAGCAUAAAAAAUUUCAUGCAAGAGAACGUCACUACAAAUGUGAAAUAUGUAAUAAAGCAUUUAUAACUAAUGGUAAUUUAAGUCAACAUAAAAAGAUUCACACAGAAGAACGUCAUUACAAAUGUGAAAUAUGCACUAAAGCAUUUAUAACAAAUAGUAAUUUAAGCCAACAUAAAAAGAUUCAUACGGAAGAACGUCCUUACAAAUGUGAAAUAUGUAAUAAAGCAUUCAUAGCAAAACAACCAUUAAACCAACAUUUAAUUAAUCAUACUGGAGAAAAACCACAUAAAUGCAAGAUAUGCAAUAAAGCAUUCAGAUUAAAACACAAUUUAAAGCGACAUGAAUUUGUCCAUACUAAAGAAAGUAAUCAUGAAUGUGCAGUAUGUAAAAAAACAUUCGCAACUAAACAUAGUGUAAGUCAGCAUGAAAUGAUCCACACUGGAGAACAUCCUCAAAAGUGUGCAUUAUGCAAUAAAUCAUUCACAAGAAAAAAAUAUUAA